AUGUCGAGUUUGGCGGUGAGAGACCCGGCAAUGGAUCGAUCACUGCGUUCAGUGUUCGUGGGAAACAUUCCGUAUGAGGCAACUGAGGAGCAGUUAAAGGACAUUUUCUCGGAGGUUGGUUCUGUUGUCAGUUUCCGGCUGGUAUACGAUAGAGAGACGGGAAAACCCAAGGGCUAUGGCUUCUGCGAAUACCAAGACCAGGAGACCGCGCUUAGUGCCAUGCGGAACCUCAAUGGGCGGGAGUUCAGUGGGAGAGCGCUUCGGGUGGACAAUGCUGCCAGUGAAAAGAAUAAGGAGGAGUUAAAGAGCCUCGGGCCUGCAGCGCCCAUUAUUGACUCACCCUAUGGGGAUCCCAUCGAUCCAGAAGAUGCCCCUGAAUCGAUUACCAGAGCAGUAGCCAGUCUCCCCCCAGAGCAAAUGUUUGAGCUCAUGAAGCAGAUGAAGCUCUGUGUCCAAAACAGCCACCAGGAGGCUCGAAACAUGUUACUUCAAAAUCCGCAACUGGCUUAUGCCCUGUUGCAGGCACAGGUAGUGAUGAGAAUCAUGGAUCCAGAGAUUGCUCUGAAAAUUCUGCAUCGGAAGAUACAUGUCACACCACUGAUCCCGGGCAAAUCUCAGGCUGUGUCUGUCUCUGGCUCUGGCCCUGGUCCUGGCCCUGGCCCUGGGCUCUGCCCAGGUCCUAAUGUUCUGCUGAACCAGCAGAAUCCUCCAGCCCCUCAGCCUCAGCAUUUGGCUAGAAGACCUGUGAAGGACAUUCCUCCUCUGAUGCAGACUCCUAUCCAGGGUGGAAUUCCAGCUCCGGGGCCAAUACCAGCUGCAGUUCCCGGACCUGGUCCUGGUUCCUUAACUCCUGGAGGAGCAAUGCAGCCCCAAGUUGGAAUGCCAGGGGUUGGCCCAGUGCCUUUAGAGCGAGGACAAGUGCAGAUGUCAGAUCCUAGAGCUCCUAUACCUCGUGGACCCAUGACUCCUGGUGGCCUGCCUCCUCGAGGACUGUUAGGAGAUGCUCCAAAUGACCCACGUGGAGGGACUUUGCUUUCAGUCACUGGAGAAGUGGAGCCCAGAGGUUAUCUGGGCCCACCCCAUCAGGGUCCCCCCAUGCAUCAUGUUUCUGGUCAUGACACCCGUGGCCCUUCCUCCCAUGAGAUGAGGGGAGCGCCAUUGGGAGAUCCCAGACUGCUAAUUGGAGAGCCCAGAGGCCCCAUGAUAGAUCAAAGGGGUCUACCCAUGGAUGGCAGAGGUAAUAGAGACUCUCGAGCGAUGGAGACUCGCGCCAUGGAAACUGAGGUCUUAGAGACGCGUGUGAUGGAGAGGAGAGGAAUGGAGACCUGUGCGAUGGAAACCAGAGGGAUGGAAGCAAGAGGCAUGGAUGCAAGAGGAUUGGAGAUGAGGGGCCCUGUCCCCAGUUCAAGAGGCCCUAUGACUGCUGGAAUUCAGGGUCCUGGUCCCAUUAAUAUAGGGGCAGGUGGCCCUCAGGGACCCAGACAGGUCCCAGGCAUUUCAGGGGUGGCAAAUCCUGGAGCUGGUAUUCAGGGAACAGGCAUGCAGGGAGCAGGCAUACAAGCAGGAGGGAUGCAGGGGGCAGGCAUACAAGGAGUGGGAAUACAAGGAGCAGGCAUACAGGGGGCAAGCAAGCAAGGUGGAAGCCAGCCUAGCAGUUUUAGCCCUGGGCAGAGCCAGGUCACUCCACAGGAUCAGGAAAAGGCAGCUUUGAUCAUGCAGGUUCUUCAAUUGACUGCAGAUCAGAUUGCCAUGCUGCCCCCUGAGCAAAGGCAGAGUAUCUUGAUUUUAAAGGAGCAAAUCCAGAAAUCUACUGGAGCUUCUUGAAAGGUUUUAGAAAGUACUUGGCUGUAGUCUGAAAGUUUAUUCUGUAGCAUUGAGAAUGGGUGCAAAAAGCUGACUUCUGCAUCCUGACAGUUUGAUUAGGUUUUCCCUCCUCCUAGAACCUAAUCUUUUGUUGUUGUUGAUGUUCUUUUAUUUCUUUCUGUUUUUCUUUCUAUUUUUAAUUGAGGGUGGGGGGAGGAGGGGAGUCUGUUCACUUUGAGUUACUGUAAAAUAACUGAACAUGAUGAUACUAUGCCAAAUAAGAUUAGAAAGAAUAAGCAGCAAUAUUAAAGUGUCCACAAUAUGUUAACUACAUUUUUUUAAUGUGGAGUAAAAUUUUGUGAAAACUGCUCUUAAAGACUAAAAGUUGACCUGUUAAAACGUUAAUGUACUAAGAUAGUUUUAAGAUUUUUGGUUGUGUAACAAAAUAAAGACGUUUACCUCAAAA